AUGGACAUCCCAGAACUGGCCUCCGCCUAUACACCGGUGCAAUUAACCAAGUAUUUGAACUACAUCGCUCUACCAGAUCAAUAUGCACAAUAUAUCAACGAGCCAGACACAUUCCCCAAAACCGAAGAAGCAUUGAAAGAUCUCUUCCGGUGUCAGAUCACUCGAUUUCCAUAUGACAACCUGACGUGCCAUUAUUCCGCUACCCAACUAGCGGAGAUCCAACCCGGCAAAAUCUACACCAAAGUCAUCGGAUGCGACGACACAACCCCCUCCUGUCGAGGAGGCUACUGUUUGGAAGUCAGCAUUUUCUUCCAUCACGUGCUGCGCGGCCUAGGAUUCUCAGUAUACAUGACUGGCGUUCGGAAUCGAGAGCGGAUAGAUGGUAUACCACAAGGCGAAUUCAAGGGCUGGACACACAUCGUCAACAUCGUCCGUCUACCUAGCGGCGCAGAGUACCAUUUGGACGCAGCGUUCGGUGGAGACGGGCCAACAAGUCCUCUGCCGCUGAUCUCGGGACAGGUAACGAAGAACCUGGGAUCACAAGAAGUGAGAUUAAUUUACGACAAUAUGCCGAAGCAGACGCGCAAAGGGCAGAAGGUCUGGAUAUAUCAAUAUCGCAAUGCUGCGGACAAGCCGUGGAAUUCCUUCUAUUCGUUUGCGGAACUGGAGUUUUUCCAGGAUGAUUUCGAAGUGAUAAAUCGAUUCACCAGUUGGGACGCUGUGCAAAAACGCAGUUUCGUCGUGGUCAAGUUCAUUCGAAAUGGGGAGACGGCGGGAUUGCCUUUGUUGGAGGGAGAGGUGUUGGAGAAAACGGAUGAUAUCUUUGUUGCUGGGAAGAUUAUGAUGGUUAACAACGUUGUCAAGUUGAAUAUGGGUGGGAGGACGAGGGUCAUUGAUUCAUUUGAAACUCAGGAGGGGAGGUUUGAAGCGCUGAAGAAGUGGUUCUCUAUUUAUUUGUGA